UAUUAGAAUAUGACGAAGAAGAAGGCACCCGGAAGAGUUGUCAGGUUUGGUUUUCUUUUGUUUUGUUUGCGGCCACAGUUCCAGGACAAAGUUAGAGCCCCAGUUUUGCAGAAGAGUGGUAGUUUUUGUAGGAGGUUGUGUUGUUCGCAGCUGAGCUAAGAAUGUCUUCAGUUCAGUAUCUGAGAGAGGUGAUCAGCGAGAGACUAACUGCUGCUGCUGAAGAAAUAUUCACAGAGUUUGAAAAAACCAUCGUCCGGUACGAGGAGGAGAUCGACCGUCAGCGCAGACUGCUGGAUAACAUCUGGAAACCACAGAUCACCUUACAAAUACCAGAGCCCCCACAGAAACAUGUAUGUAUGGAGGAGAAGAAUGUCGCUGUUCAGCAGCUCUGUAACCAGGAGAGGAACUCCAGUCUGGACCAGGAGGAGCCAGUUCAUUCACAAAUUAAAAAGGAACAGGAGGAACCCUGCAUCAGUGUGCACCAGGAGGACCUCAAGGUUUUAAAGAUUGAAGAGGAACAGAAGGAACUCUGCACCAGUCUGGAGCAAGAGCAGCUUGUACUACAGCAGGAGACGGAUUUCUCUAUGGUGACUCCUACGUAUGAGGACCACAGUGCACCAGAACCAAACAAUAACCAGCUCCUUUCUCACAACUCUCCUGUAGCUGAGAGCCGAGGUCCGGAAGGAAGCAGGUAUAUAGACUUUGAAUCAACAAGAAAUGCAGCACUGAUGCCAAAGAUGAGGCUUGACAGAAACGGCAGCGAUAUUACCAAUGCAGACAACUGUCCAGUUUUACAGAGUCAUGGUAAUAGUUACAUAGGGAAAAAAUCUAUAAACUGUGAUGUUUGUGGAAAAGCCUUUAAGGAUAAUUACCAAAUGAAGAGACAUCACAGAAUCCACACAGGUGAGAAGCCGUAUGCUUGCAAUGCAUGUGGGAAAAGAUUCAGAAGUAGCGAUAAAUUGCUGGUCCACAUGAGAACCCACACAGGUGAGAGGCCUUACUCCUGCAACAGUUGUGGGAAAUUAUUUAAAGAUGCAUCAACACUGAAAGUACACACAAGAUCUCACACAGGUGAGAAACCUUAUGCCUGCAGCAUCUGUGAGAGGCGAUUUAAAGUCAUGUCAACACUGAAAACGCACAUGAGAACUCAUACGGGCGAGAGGCCGUAUUUUUGUGAAAUAUGUGGCAAAAGUUUCAUUCAACGUAGUAAUUUGACUGUUCACAAAAGAAGUCACACAGGUGAGAAGUCAUACUCCUGACACACCUGUGGGAGCCAAGCUUGACCAUGAAUUAUCUUAGAAAAUGAAAUGUUUAAAAUCUUGGCUCAUAAUAAAUGUGAACGUCAGUGAGGUACACUGUGUUGCAACAUAAAUCAUGUUUUUGUAGCCUGUAUUUGUUUAUGUUGUGAAGAAUGGAAUUCACUGAAUUAUUAUUUUAAAUUAUUAAGUCUGUUUUUCAUGUUUACCAUUGGAUGUACUGAUAAGUAAGUUCUGAACUGUUCCAACAACUAACCAUCAGUGUAUCGUACAUUAUGUCUCUAUCUAUGAGAUAGUGUGAUAUCUUGCACUUGUGACAUCUUUUCUUGCAGUCAUGAGAUAGUUCCUAAUAUUUCUGAGUGAAUAUGUAUGCGGUGUGAUUUGCGGGGGGGGCUGAAGCGCCUUCCCCUUUUGCCUCUUGAUGCCCAAGGUGCCCUUUUGUCAAAGUUGUUUUUUUAAUCUUAUUUAAAUUUAGUUUUUUAUUUGUAAGCGUGUGUGUGUACAGCACGGGAUUCAUUUGUGUACAGUGUAUUCUGGAUGACUAAGUAGAAUGAGCAUCCUGUGUGUGUGUGUCUGACUCUAAACACACGUCUCAUCAGUUAUAGCUGCUAGUUAACCACACAGCGUGCUGAGAAGAUAAAGUAUGCCAGGCUUCUUUUUGUGUCUGUAUGUAUUUCUUUUGUCAAGGUUAAAGUGCAUCAGAGAGAUGUGUUAUUUUACUGUCAGUGAGUCGCAGUGUGUUUCUAGAGGCAAUGAGGCAGAGGUUAUGUUAUUUCACUAAAACUAUGUACAUGUAUUUUCACAUAAUUUUGGGCUAUUGCAGUGUAAAUACAAUAACAAUGAUAAUUAGAAGAAUUUGAAUUGUGAUUUUUCUCAACCUCUCAUUUAGAGAUAUCAGUAGCCUACUUGUUUAUAACAUUUGUAUAUAUAGACAAAUUAAAUAUAAUAUGCGUAAAUAUAAAAUGUAGAACUUUUAUAACCUUGCUGUCUUGCGCAAAGUGGACAGUCAAACUGAAUAAAAGCACAAAUACAUUUAAAUACAUGA